UUGGUAACUUGAAAAAGGCACACGGCGAACCGAACCGAAGAACCUUCAAGCCCCACCAGUCUAUCUGUCUGCCUGUCUGCCAAUUAUUCUGCUUCAGACGAUAAAUAGUUUGGUGUUGGCUGCGCUUCGAGCUGGAACCCGAACAUAAUAUUCUUUUCAAACGAUAAUACGACUUUAUAAGAAUCAGUCAAGUGCGCUAUCUUGCUCCUCGUAUAAAGAAGAAAAAAAAGUGUCAAGUUCUAUCAAACAAUUUCUAUAAUUCUAACCAAUUGCUUCUAUAACUCAAAAAGUGAAGAGAAUCUUUUUAACUCAUUAUAAUGGAAGUGGCAGUUUUUGACAUUUUAAUUUUUAUCAUUGUGAUAAUAUCAUUUGGUGCAUAUUUAAAAGUGAUUUAUGAAUGUUUUCGCAAAGCCCGAGUUACAACAACACAUUAUGGCAAAGGACAUAGUAUCACAAGUCAAUUGGGUCAACAACAGAAAAAUAGUGAAACAAUAACACGGGAAUAUAAACAAGCACCUGGACCAGUACCAUGGCCAAUAUUAGGCAAUUUGGCAAAAUUGGGCAAAUAUAAAGUUCCUUUUGAAGGAUUCACUGCUAUUGCUAAAGAAUAUGGUGAUGCUUAUACUUUGACUUUGGGAACAACUCGGUGUUUUGUUGUAAAUAAUUUGGAAUUGAUUCGAGAAGUAUUGAAUCAAAAUGGAAAAUUUUUCGGUGGACGUCCUGAUUUUUUGCGUUAUCAUAAAUUAUUUGGUGGAGAUAGAAAUAAUUCUCUUGCUCUAUGCGAUUGGUCUCAACUACAACAAAAACGUCGUAAUCUCGCCCGUCGUCACUGCUCUCCCCGCGAUGCUUCUUCCUAUUUUUCCAAAAUGAACGAUGUCGGUUGUAUUGAAAUUCAAGAAUUCAUGGAUACAUUGGACAAACGUAUAAUUCCAGGUCAAGAAAUCGAAAUCAAACAAACAAUUCAACAAACUUGUGCCAAUAUGUUUAGCCAAUACAUGUGUUCAGUCCGAUUCGAUUAUGAAGAUGUUGAAUUUCAAAAGAUCGUUUGGUGGUUCGAUGAGAUCUUUUGGGAGAUCAAUCAGGGUUAUGCUGUUGAUUUUUUACCCUGGUUAGCUCCAUUUUAUAAGAAACAUUUACAAAAAGUUACCAACUGGUCAACUGGUAUAAGGAAAUUUAUUCUUGAACGUGUUAUCAAUGAUCGUGAGCAGAAUAUUGAUUUGGAUGAACCAGAGCGUGAUUUUACUGAUGCUUUAUUGAAGAGUUUAGCUGAAGAUAAGAAUGUUUCAAGGGAUACGAUUAUAUUUAUGUUGGAAGACUUUUUGGGUGGACACUCGGCUGUGGGAAAUUUGGUUAUGUUGGCUAUUGCUUAUGUUGUAAGAAAUCCUGAAGUUGGAGUGAGAAUUCAAGAAGAAGUUGAUAGGAUCACUGAAGGAAAGCGAUGUGUGAAUUUUAUGGAUAUGGAAAUCAUGCCUUAUACAAUGGCAACGAUCUAUGAAACUCUUCGCUACUGUUCGUCACCAAUCGUGCCACAUGUUGCCACAGAAGAUUCAGUUGUUUCUGGCUAUGGAGUCACAGCAGGAACUGUAGUUUUCAUCAACAACUACGAACUCAACACAAGUCCAAAAUACUGGGACAAACCUGAAAAGUUCAAUCCUGAAAGAUUUGUAGAAAAGAUUCCACCACCACCGAUAUCUUCAAGCAAACGAAAGAAUUCAGAAUCUUCAGACUCAGGAGUUGAUAUUGAAAAGAAUGAAAAUGAACUCAAAACAGAAACUUCACAACAACAACAGACCCGACUCAAAAAGAACAUUCCACAUUUCCUGCCAUUUAGCAUUGGAAAGAGGACAUGUAUUGGACAAAAUCUAGUUCGAGGAUUCGGCUUUAUAUUGUUGGCGAAUAUUCUUCAACGUUAUAACCUGCAUUCAAAUGAUCUGAAUCAAAUUCAAACAACUCCAGCGUGUGUAGCACUUCCCUGCAAAGGUUUCCCUCUGGUCUUCACAUUAAGAAAAAACAGUGGAUAAAUCGUAUAUAUUUUCCAAUGAAAAAUCUCAAUAUUAGUUUUUAGAAAAUUUCUAAGUAUCUCAAAAAACAUGCACAAUCUUUUUUAUUUUUUGUUAUUUUUCAAAACCUAUUGAAGAAGAGUGGGAGUUAAAAAAAAGUUUAAUUUUAAAACUAUAAAUAUGGUUAAUGGCUUCGGGGUUUUGGAAAUAAUUAUAAAUAUCUCUCAAAAUUUUGGAAACUUAAAAAUCUCAUAGAUUAAUUUA